CGCUGUGCAAAAUGGCGACUCCCAGUUUACGAGGCCGCCUGGCGCGAUUGGGGAACCCGAACAAACCUGUCCUGAAACCCAACAAGCCUCUUAUCCUAGCUAACCGCGUCGGGAACCGACGCCGAGAGAAAGGCGAGGCAACCUGUAUCACGGAGAUGUCGGUGAUGAUGGCUUGCUGGAAGCAGAAUGAAUUCAGCGAGGAGGCGUGCAGGAAAGAGAUCCAGGACUUCUUCGAUUGUUCUUCCAGAGCACAGGAAGCCCGAAAGAUGAGAUCAAUUAAGGAGACUCUGGGACAGUCUGAGAGUUUACCUCCCCACAAAAUGACCAGGUUGUUACAGAGAUUUCCCAGCAAAUCUCACCUCAGCUGAAAAUGGAGAAACAUUUUCAAUGAACUAUCAUUUCUGAAAGCUCUGCAGAGGCAUGUUAAGGAUGUUUGCAUUUGCACUGCCGUUCAUUUUUGAAGGGUAAAUUGAGGCAAAAUACUGAAUUUUGCUCUUGUGAAUGAAUCAUGUUCUGGAUGCUGUCUUGAAAUAAAACCCUCUAAAAAGAA